AUGAUUGCUCGCAGUCUCACUUCCUCGCACUACAAGACGACCUCCGGUACAAACACACAUUACCUACAAGGUGGUGAUCCUUCUGGUCCGCUUCUAGUAUGUCUCCAUGGGCUCGGAGGCUCUACCGAAACAUUCUCGCCCCUCGUACCUUCCCUACCCCAGGCCUACAACAUUGUUCUUGUCGACUUUCCUGGUUUCGGGAAGACGCCACUAGCAGGUGUCACGAAAGCACUUUCAGUUGAAGGGCUUGUUUCCGACUUGGACGAUCUUAUCACACAUCUGACAAAGUCGGAAAUUGUAGCCCCGUCCAAAGCCGUUAUCGCUGGACAUUCGCUCGGCGCCAUUAUUGCUCUGCAGUAUACUGCAAUAUAUCCACAGUCUGUUGCAGGUCUCUUGCUCCUUGGUCCUGGUCGAGCGGCCGGUCACAUCACCGCUGUUCGACAGCGCAUGCUCGAUCUUGCGGCCGCGGUGAGGAAGGAAGGCAUCAAGCAUGCAGCGGAUCUUGCGGCCAAGUCUAACUUCUACGACGAUAGGUAA